CAGGCAAUCUCUUUCACUUCAGAGAAGUUUUUUAUUCCACUUGUUUUACUGAAAAGACACACCAAAGCGAAACAAAUCGAUUCCAUUCGAGUUAAAGCGUUUAACGAGUCGCUGAACAGUGUUUGCAUAGUCCGCUAGUGAUAUUUUCUGUGAUUAUCCGUUGUGAUCCAGUUGGUACUGCGAUCCUCUUGUGUUUUUAUUGCAUCUGUUGUCAAUUGGCUCGUACGUUCGUUUUUCGUCAGUAUUUGAUCCUUGAACACGCAUUUAACACGGCACCAGAUGAGUAAGAUGACGAAAAACAAACUGAACCUCACUCUACCGCCCGGUUCGGUGGACGUUCCUGCUGGACAGCAGACCACUCCGACACCCUCGUUCAAAACGCCAUCCGGUACGGAGUACGUGAUCGGCAAACACAAUCUGCUGGGCAAGCCUAAGAACAGCAUCGACGCGCUCACCGAAACACUCGAGGAACUGGAGAUGGAAGAGAGUGCACGCAAGCGUAUAAAAGUGUUUCUGAGUCAAAAGGAAAAGAUUGGCGAACUGAGCGACGAAGAUCUGGAAAAGCUGGGUGAGCUGGGCUCCGGAAACGGCGGGGUCGUAAUGAAGGUGCGCCACAUUCCAACGCAGCUGAUAAUGGCCCGCAAACUGAUACACCUGGAGGUGAAGCCGGCCAUCAAGAAGCAGAUCAUUCGCGAGCUGAAAGUGUUGCACGAGUGCAACUUCCCACACAUCGUUGGAUUCUACGGUGCGUUCUACAGCGAUGGCGAAAUCAGCAUCUGCAUGGAGUACAUGGACGGUGGUUCGUUGGAUUUGAUUUUAAAACGGGCCGGCAGGAUACCGGAAGCUAUUUUGGCCAAAAUCACGGCCGCUGUGCUGAAGGGCUUGAGCUAUCUGCGAGACAAGCACGCCAUCAUGCACCGAGACGUUAAGCCUAGCAACAUCCUCGUCAACAGCAGCGGAGAGAUCAAGAUAUGCGAUUUCGGAGUGUCUGGGCAGCUGAUUGAUUCGAUGGCUAAUUCCUUCGUCGGUACCCGCAGUUACAUGUCGCCGGAACGUUUGCAGGGAACGCAUUACUCCGUGCAGUCCGAUAUCUGGUCGUUGGGUCUUUCGCUGGUUGAGAUGGCCAUCGGAAUGUAUCCCAUUCCGCCGCCUGACGGUAAAACGUUGGACUUAAUUUUCCAAGACAGAGGCGACGACAGCUCUCCCGGACAGAACAUUAUCGAGCCAAAACCGAUGGCCAUCUUCGAGCUGCUCGAUUACAUCGUGAACGAACCGCCUCCGAGAUUGGAGCACAAUUCAUUCACGGACCGUUUCAAAGAUUUCGUCGACCGAUGCCUGAAAAAGAAUCCGGAGGAACGGGCCGACUUGAAGACGUUAAUGAACCACGAUUGGAUUAAGAACAUCGAGACCGAGGACGUAGAUAUUGCUGGGUGGGUUUGCCGGACUAUGGAUUUGGCGCCUUCCACCCCGAAGCGCAACGCGUCACCGUUUGCGAAUUAAAACAAACAUUUACAAACCACGUAAUGUAUGUGUCGAUGUCACUCUGGCCGAAUAUUUCCUCGUGUUUUUUUGUAACGAUACAGCGAAUGCAUUUCCAGUCAUAGCUGUCGUAGAACAGCUCUAGCGAGAGAGAUAAUGGAACUCAUAGGAUCGCGGAUGAAAGUUACACUAAAUCUAUCAUAGUUUAAGCGAUGCGUUAUAAAAUAUAAAUAUUUAAAGCAAUCCCAAAUACAUUUCUUGUGUAGAUAAUUACUAUACUUUUUAAAAAUCACGCAAACCCAUUUCGGAUGUCUUUUAAAGACCAUUUUUUAAAACAGAGCCAUAUUUCCCUUGCAAAAUGUGUCGCGCUAGAGUUUCGAAAACUAUGGCCAUUGUAAAGCGUAUUCAAAUUGUAUUCUAGAUGAACCCGUUUCAACAAGCUAGAAAAAGAGGUGUAGUCGAAGAUCAAAA